AUGUUACCUGCCUUCACGUUCAGUGUCACUGCUCCUGAUUCGAGGAGCUUCUCACUACACCAUCGAUGGAGCGCUCGUGGUGCCGUGAGGUUCGUAACACCUCACCGACGGUGUCGGCUGUGGCGAGGGCGGCGGCUCGCAGCCGGUGACCUCCAGAUGACCCUUGCGGAAGAGGCGAAGUCGCCAUCGAACGCGCCCCGGUCGCAUCAGAAGCUCGUAUCAGAGCUAUUUCCGGAACGUUUUCGCCCUUUUUUAAAAGCUCUUGACGACGGAUCACUGCCUCUGGAGGAUAUACCCGCCUUCAACGCUCGUCGAACGAAGAUCGUCUGCACUAUUGGGCCCGUAACUGCGAGCUAUGAACAGUUGCUCAAAAUGGCAGCGCUCGGAAUGAACGUCGUGCGCUUGAAUAUGUCGCACGGUGACUAUAUGUUCCACGAUCAGGUCAUUGGGCACGUUCGACGAAUCAACACCGAAUCGCCGUUCGUGCUCGCGACGAUGCUGGAUAUUGGCUCAUUCGAUCAGGUUCGCCUGGGUGAAUUUCCCGGCAACGAUCUCGUGCUUCGUUCGGGUGAUAUGUUGACGAUUACCGCUCGGCAUGAAGCAUCGUAUCCGGAGAACGUUACGGAGGUGAGCGACGAUGCGUUUAUAGAGGUAGUCCAGCCCGGCGAUGUUAUUGAGAUUCUUGCGAGUCCGGACGGGAACAUGGUGCUACUCCGGGUUCAGUCGCUGUCGAACGACGGCAAAGAUGCACACUGUGUUGUCAUGGAGGCAGGACGUGUCCGCAGUCGUUCACCGGUGGCGAUUCGUGGAAAGAGUUUCAAGACGCGACCGCCUCAAAGCGGCGCCUUUGAGCACGACCUUGAAUUUGCGAUACGAGAACGCGUCGAAAUGAUUGCGCUUUCAUUUGUGGAGCACCCAGAACAGAUUCUAGAGGUAAGAUCGCUGCUUCGGCAGAACGGUGCGAACAAUACUGCGAUUGUCGCGAAGAUCGAAAGUGCUGCUGCGCUGCAGAACUUGCCAGCGAUUAUACAAGCGACAGAUGCUGUAAUGAUCGCUCGCGGUGACCUCGGCACUGAUAUUCGUUACGAUAUGGUGCCGUUCUGGCAACAGCGAAUAGGCCAAAUUUGUCGCGCUUAUGCAAAGCCGUGUAUCGUGUCAACGCAUUUCCUCGAAAGCAUGGUUCUUUAUCCAACCCCCACGCGGGCUGAGGUCACGGAUAUUGCCGAAGCAGUGAAGCAGCAGGCCGACGCCCUCAUGCUGACUGCGGAAACCGCCAGCGGCAAGUAUCCGCUGCGGGCGCUGAGCCUUAUGAGCCGCGUUGCGCUGCGCAUAGAGCAGCGCUUGGCAGCCGGCAUGCGACGCCUCAACGCGGUACCCGCCUUCGAAUCGAACAACAACUGGUCACCGGAGGUGCUGCGGAACACAGAGCGAGUCUGUGCUACAGCGUGCACAAUCGCAGAGCAACUGCGAGCAGCUGCGAUUUUAUGCUUCACACAGCGAGGCUUCAUGGCUACGUUGCUUUCGCGAUGUCGCCCGCAUUGCCCCCUCUAUGCUUUUACCAGCAGCGUCAUGGCAAGAAACAAGAUGAGCAUUCUCUACGGUGUGCGAGCAUUUCGGAUAUUGUUUGAUGGAGACCCUGAGGUCACCGUUCAGCGCGCUAUGGAUGAGUUGCGAGACCGUCGGGCGCUGCAACCCGGUGAUCGCGUCGUCGUGGUAGCCGACGUGCUCGGUGGGCGCAAUCGAGCCACAGAGGAGGAGAUGCUUUUCGUCUUUGGCAAUCUCGAUGUGGAGAAUCGUGGCUAUAUUAGCCGUGCGCUUGUCCGGCGAGGUUUACGGGAACUCGGUCUCAAAGCUGGCGACGAUGUAGAGCUGGAAACCUGGCUCGAUGAUUAUGAGCAGGAUCAAGCGCUCAUUGAGGAAUGUGCUGUUGCACCGGAUUUUGAGGAAUGUAUGGAGCGCGUUGCAGGUUCAACUGAGCGUGAUGGCACCGAACCUGCGUCGCUGGAAACCGCUCGCACCGGAACGACAGGUCGUCGGCGGGUGCUCGAUCAGGUGGAUUAUGCUGCUUUCCGUCAACUUGCCCAGGAUAGCGCUGAAAUUGUUCAAACGAUUCAGUUUCGCAUCAUGGAGUAG